GACAAAGACAAUGCGAUCAAAACCGCUCCCAUACCCACGAACCCUUCUGACAGUGAUAAGAAUCCGUUUGAAAAAUUCAGUUCAGGUAGGUAGAAAUGCUUGCCUUUGGUUUCAUGACAUGUCUGAACUAACGAGAAACACCACCCCAUUCGACAUUUUAGUCACGCUAUAUCACGAAGGCGACUCUGAUACCGAGAGUGAUACCGAAACCAUUGCAUUGUGACAACAUAUCCUUCUUUUGUCGCCUGCCCCACAUUAGAUUCGCACAUAUACACACAUACCCUACCACCCUUCGCACAUCAUGGAAACCCGCCGGAAAAUCCCCAAAAAAAAAAUUAUUAAACAACACACACACCUUUUUUUGCUAAACGAUAGGUCCCUUCACCAUACAGCAAGCGACUAUCACCAACUAAUGAUACCUUUUUUUCUUUUCGUCUUCUUUUUAAAUGUUUGCGUUUUGUUUUAUUCCUGUUUUCAUUUCUACUACCCUGGAGUGAUUUCACCUAUAUUAUCGCUCUGCAAGUUCUUUUCGGUUGGGUUGUCACCCACCAUUGUAUUUAUUGCCGUUUCUUUGCUUUACACUUUGACCAAAAAUGAAAACAUCUCUCAACUCUCUGUGCUGUUGGUACGACGUCUGACAGUUCCUUAACGUAACUGUUUUGUGUGUUUAUUUGUGCAUCACUCAUCUUUUGAUAAGCAGCGACGUCUCGGUGAUCGGACAGAUAUAAAGAUUGGGUUUGUAUAGAUAGGGGCAAGUACGAUAAAAAACAUUGGAUAUAAUACAGGAGUUAGGGGAUAUGGUAGAAAAAAAUGUCGAUUAUGACCGAA